GCACAGCACAGUCAGUCCUCCAUAUCACCGGAGCUGCUCCCUGAACGCGUUACCUUAGCAUGGAAUAUACGGCACAGUUGUAGAUCUAACUCGGUUACACUGAAAACAGACGAGCCGCGGCUUUUCUCGCAGAAAGGAGCCCAUAACCACCACCCACCUCCACAGACGAGAAGCUCUGCCUCUUCGGUGCGCUUUAAACUAGCCACCGAAAACUUGCUGCUUCGGUUUGUUAUCGGUUUGAGGGUACGGUGAAAUCGUACCCUACCCUAGUCUUAACACUGACAACCGACCGUAGCUCCUACGGUCUCGAUCGGGUUUUUAAGUGACGGUCAUUUAAAUGUUCUAGCUUUGCGGUCAGUUUCUCAACCGGGAUCAUUCAGCGACUUUUCAGUUGCUGAACACUAUAAACAGAAAAACGGCUUCUGCACCGAGGUAGCAGAGGAGGAGGAAAACCCCCAAAGUCAAGAAGAUAUGGAGUCGACCAAAGCUGGAGGCGUAAUAGCCUACAUCAGCUCGUCCAGCUCUGCCUCCAGCCCGGAGUCCUGCCACAGUGACUCCUCCAACGGCAGCUACCAGUCGUCGUCCCCGCCCCACGGCUCCUCACCCAGCCGCCGUCAGCUGAGUCAGCUGGCCGACCCAGCACUCCCUGCCGGUGGCCAAAACCUUCCAGGGACUCAGAAGACUGGACGCUCCUCCUCCGCAAAAUGUGGCAUCACAAAAAUCAAUGGCCUGGUGCUGCUGUGUAAGGUCUGCGGGGAUGUGGCCUCUGGUUUCCACUACGGCGUCCACGCCUGCGAGGGCUGCAAGGGCUUCUUCAGGAGGAGCAUCCAACAGAACAUCCAGUAUAAGAAGUGCCUUAAGAACGAGAGCUGCCCCAUCAUGAGGAUCAACAGGAACCGCUGCCAGCAGUGCCGCUUCAAGAAAUGCCUGAUGGUGGGGAUGUCCAGAGACUCUGUGCGUUUUGGCCGAAUCCCUAAGCGGGAGAAACAGCGCAUGCUGCUGGAGAUGCAGAGUGCCAUGAACAACAUGAUGAACAACAGCCAGCUGCACAGCCAGCUGCACAGCAGCCAGACGCUACCUAUCGCCAAACCACUGCCAGCCAGCGCCACAGAACCUACCUCCGAGGACGCCGGUUCCGCCCCCUCCCGCUCUCCAUCCUCCUCGCCAUGCUCCAGCCAAUCAGACACCAGCUCGGACCCCGAGCCCACCGUGGCAAUGGACACCAGCCCCAGCUCGGCCUCACCAAGCGCGUCUGACAGCGGGGAGGAGGAGGUGAUCGGCUCGGUGACCAGGGCCCACCAGGAGACCUUCAUGUACAAUCAGGAGCAGAGCACCCUGACAGCUGAGGCCCCGACCACCAUGGGCCCCCUGAACAGUGGCUCUGAUCAAAACACCACUAACCAUUGGAAGGAAGAGCAGACGGAUGUCUGGAACCACCACAACAACAUGGUCACCAUGGCAGCACAGGACCCCUCCUCCAGCCUGGGUCCUCAGGGUCCAGGGAACAACGCCCCAAACCACUGCCCUUUCAGACUGUCCAGGAGUGCUGCCAGCCACUGCCCGGCCUACACACAUGGAGCUUUCAGAGCCCCGGCUUCAGACGACCCCGCCAACGGAGCCUACAGCGGGCACCAGGGGAGAGAAGGAAAAAGGAUGCAUCUGGUUUGUCCGAUGAACACAUCUCCUCACGUGGACCCUCAGAAGUCUGGCCAUGAGGUGUGGGAGGAGUUCUCCCACAGCUUCACCCCUGCUGUCAGGGAGGUGGUGGAGUUUGCCAAGAAGAUCCCAGGCUUCAGAGAUCUGUCGCAGCACGACCAGGUCAGCCUGCUGAAGGCCGGCACCUUCGAGGUGCUGGUAGUCCGUUUUGCCUCUCUCUUUGAUGUGAAGGACCGCACCGUGACCUUUCUGGGUGGGAAGAAGUACAGUGUGGACACUCUGAGGGCCAUGGGGGCCAGCGACCUCCUCAACUCCAUGUUUGACUUCAGCGAGAAGCUCAUCAACCUGGGCCUCAGUGAGGAGGAGAUGAGCCUCUUUACUGCUGUGGUUCUGGUCUCUGCAGAUCGUUCUGGCAUUGAGAACGUGAACUCAGUGGAGGCCCUGCAGGAAACGCUGAUCCGUGCCCUGCGAAGCCUCAUCACCAAGAACCACCCCAACGAGUCGGCCAUCUUCACCAAGCUGCUGCUCAAACUGCCUGACCUGCGCUCGCUCAACAAUAUGCACUCUGAGCAGCUGCUGGCCUUCAAGGUCCAUUCCUGAAAUUUCCUCUAGUACUUGACCUCCCCACACCCCCCCACACCCCUCCACACCCCUCCACACCCCUCCACACCCCCCCACACCCCCCCACACCCCUCCACACCCCUCCACACCCCUCCACACCCCACACACCCCACACACACACUCACACUCACACUCCUCCCUCCUCCCUCCUCUGGCCUAUGACUGAACAUGGAGGCCACCAGCUGGAGACUCACCACCCAACCACACCUACACCUCCACACUUCUCCCCUGAGUCUUUAGGUUUGGUUCCGUCUGUCUGUAAACUGAACUAAAGUUCAAACUUGACAUUUAAAACGGGGGGGGAGGGCCAUAAAAUGUUCUUGUACUGUACUGUAGGGCGUAUCUGCCUGUGUGAUGGUAAUGCGUACAUACAGACACACUGAUCGAUGUACAUGUUUCCUGUGUUUGUGUGUAGCAUACUGUACGUUUGCAACUGUACAAACGUUAGAAGCACUUUUCUGUAUAGUGUAGACUGGUAUUUUUGCAUUCAUAGUGCAAUAUGUGACUGCUUAUUUUGAUUUGAGCUGUAUAGUGAGGAGUCAGUGGCACACAUUAAUUUGAAUGCGGUGCUGUGCUCAUGUGAUAAGGGGGGAAAGUUGUAAACCUAAAAGAAAAAAAAGAACCCCUGACACCUGAAUGACUGAGGUAAAAUCCUCUUUAAAAAAAAAAAAAACAAAACAACAAAAGCAGACGACAAUGAGAGGAAUGUGGACGUAAAGCUGCUAAAAGUCCCAGCUUUCCAGUUUGGUCACCAGAGAAAUCAGAGAAUGUUGUUUUAAUUUGAAUGACUUUGGGAAGCAAAAGAAGGCGACGUCUUAUCUGAAGCUUUUUUCUUGCAGUUGUGUAUGUACUAUGGUGUGUUUCUGUCAGUUGCAGGUUUUUUUGGGUUUUUUUUCUAAAUUAUUUGGGCAUUGUGGCAAAUCAGAUGUAUCGAUGUCACUCUGUUGCUUUGCGAUACAAGAUUUGUUCACAUGGAUCAGUGGAAAUGGAGAAACUGAACCAAUGAAAUCAAAUUCUGGACUUUAAGCAUCUUAAAGAUACAUUUUCUUUUCUAUUAUAUAUAGAUAUAUCUAUAUCUAUAUCCAUAGAUAUAGAUAUAGAUCUAUAGAUAUAGAUAUAGAUAUUUUUUUUUCCUUGAA